AAGUCAUCAGGCAGCGUCGGUGAAUUGUUCUCGGAGAGUUAAUUACGACCGGCGACGAGGGAGGGAUAGUCUUAUCUUCUUCUUCUUCUCUCAAAUGACUUUUAUUUUUCAUUCUCUUCAGAUUCAAAUCCUAGAUUCGAUCGGAGAAUGACCACGACGACGACGCCGGAGAAGACUCCGGCGAGACCUCUCUCAAUCCAGGACUGGGACGUUCUCAUCGACGACUUCCGAGACGACGGCGCUCCUCGCGACUGGUUCACUUCCGUUUUCCAGAUUGAUUCUCUGGCGGACUUGGCUCUCUCGUCUCUCCUCAAGAAAGACUUCCCUAUCACUGUGAAGCUCUCAAUCCUUGUCUUUCUCGACGAGUUCUCCCCAAUUUUGUUUGAUAAAUGUGGUAACGAUACCUUUGAUCGAUUCAUCGAUGUUCUCCGUGCGAUCGUGCAAUCACCGACGGAUGGAUCGUCGGGAUUGAAAGAGCAAGCUAUGGUCUCUUUCACCUCUGUGAUUGUAUCGAUUGAUUCUUUCUCUCUAGGUCACGUCGAAGCGGUUGUUGAUUUGCUUCUUGCUCUCGUGAAUCGUCCUAACCACGGAUUUGAUCGACAAGCUCGUGCCGUCGCUUGUGAGUGUUUACGUCAGCUUGAGAAAGCUUUUCCUGGUUUGUUAUCUGAUGUAGCUGGUCAUCUUUGGUCGUUGUGUCAAGCGGAGAGAACUCACGCUGUGCAAGCUUACCUUCUCUUGUUCACUACGAUUGUUUACAACGUUGUUCAUCAGAAGCUUAAGGUUUCGCUUCUUAGUACCUCUGUACCUUUGGUUCCUUUCAAUGCUCCUAAUUGGAUGCGUGAUCAGAGUUUGGUUAUGAGCCAAGGUCAUCUAGGAUUGGGGCCAGAUCAGAAGGAGCUGAGACGAACGCUGGCUUUUAUGUUGGAGUCUCCGUAUUUGUUUACGUCUUGUGCUAUGAUGGAGUUUAUGGGUAUGGUUGUGCCACUUGCAUCAGCAUUGGAGUUACAGGCUUCUAUGCUGAGAGUUCAGUUCUUGGGGAUGAUUUAUUCGUUUGAUCCGAUGCUUUGUCAUGUUGUCUUGCUUAUGUAUACUCAGUUCCCUGAUGCGUUUGAGGGACAAGAGAAAGAGAUCAUGAGACGUCUUAUGCUCUUUUCUAAGGAGACUCAGAUCUAUCUUGUUUUCCGCUUGCUUGCGCUGCAUUGGUUGAUGGGUUUGUUGAAUAAGCUUAUGUUGAGUGGGGAGCUUGAGAAGAGGAAAUCUGUUCUUGAGAUGGGUCAGAAGUUUCAUCCUGUGGUUUUUGAUCCACUCGCUUUGAAAGCGUUGAAGCUUGAUCUGAUGGUACAAUGUUCUGUUAAUUCCAACGCUUUGAGUGGAGGUGAUAACAGCAAAUCUGCUGGGGAUUUGUUGCAGGAAUGCUUGGUAUCGGUUUCGGAUUUCAAAUGGUUGCCUCCAUGGAGCUCAGAAACUGAACUAGCAUUCCGCACUUUACACAAGUUUCUGAUAUGUUCAUCUACACAUUCCGACACUGACCCUUCCACCACUAGAAGUCUUAUGGAGUCUAGCCUCUUCCAAAACGUGCAGGGGUUGCUGGUAGACAUGACUUUGGAGUUUCAAAUCUUGGUCCCUGUUAUUGUGGCUUUUAUUGAGCGGUUGAUAAACUGUCACAAGCAUCAGUGGUUAGGAGAGCGGUUUCUUCAGACUCUCGAUGAGAAACUGCUUCCCAAACUUAUGAAAAACAACUUAUUAACAGCGUACUUCCCGCUUUUCCAUCGGAUAGCCGAGAAUGAUACAAUACCUCCUUCUCGAUUGAUAGAGCUGCUUACGAAGUUUGUAAUUUCACUUGUUGAGAAGCGGGGGUUUGAUCUUUCCCUCACAUGUCUCUAUUUCCCUGAUCUGGAAGUCCGAGACAAUGCUAGGAUAUAUUUGAGGAUGCUGGUCUGUAUACCAGGACAGAGAAUUAAAAACAUUUUGAAGCCCGCAGAUGCUGUCUCUCCAUCAGCUCAUUCUUCUACAUUCUUUAGUGUUCAAAGUCCUCGUUUUCGUCAUGAUCCUAGCAAAUCUCGGAACCUUUCAGCCUAUAUUCUUCUUGAACGGGUUACGCCCCUACUCGUGAAACAGUCAUGGUCAUUGUCUCUACCAUCUCUAACCGUUGGAACUGGUGGAUAUAGCAUUAUAGAAAACAAAAUCGAGGUAGAUGAAGUUGAGCCGGAUGACAGUCAAGAACUCCAGAUUUUGCCAGAAGCUCGAAGAAUUGAAUCAGGAAAACCUACGUUAAGGGUAAUGGACUCAAAGAUUGGAGAGAUUCUAGAAAGAUUAAGAAGGUAUUUCUCAGUGAUUCCUGAUUUUAAACACAUGCCUGGAAUUAAGGUUAGGAUAACCUGUACUUUGAGAUUGGAUGCUGAACCAUAUAGCAGUGUAUGGGGAAGUGAAACUCAGAAUGUCGAGUUAGAGAAAGUUGACUCACCUCCUGCGAUUUUCGCGAGCGUGCUCAAAUUCUCAUCUUCAGCUCCGUAUGGCUCUAUCCCCUCAUGCCGCAUACCUUUCCUUCUCGGUGAGCCUCAUUCGAACAGCAAUGUACCCAACGAAGAAGUUUCUUUAGACAUCGUCCUGUUAGAAAACACGCUGAAAGAGGAGGAGAAAGAUUGCUUGAGAGGAGGAGCACCUGUGACAGUGGAACUGGAACCUAAAGAACCUACACCAGGUUUGGUCGAGGUUUCAGUGGAAGCAAAUGCAGAAAAUGGUCAGAUGAUUCAGGGAAAACUCGAGAGUGUCCCUGUGGGGAUCGAAGACAUGUUCCUAAAAGCUCUUGCUCCACCUGGCGAACCUGAAGAUACAAUGCCAAGCUACUACUCUGAUCUAUUCAGUGCUUUGUGGGAAGUGUGUGGUUCUUCAUCCAGCACGGCGCACGAAACAUUUGCACUUAAAGGAGGGAAAACCGCUGCAGCAGUCAGCGGGACUCGGUCAGUAAAACUGCUUGAAGUCCCAGCGGAAACUGUAAUACAGGCCACCGAGCUUCGGUUAGCGCCUUUUGUGGUGGCUAUCAGCGGAGACCAGCUUGUAAACAUUGUAAGAGACGGAGGAAUUAUCGAGAACAUUGUGUGGAAGGAAGAAGAAGAAGAAGGGAAUCACGCAAAUGCAGAGCAGUCUUCAUCAUCCUCGGUGGGAAUCCGAGGCCCUCUUCGUCUGACAUACAUUGGAUAUGGAGAUGACCAAGAGGUUCCGAUGACGAGGAGCAGAGGGAAAAUGGGAAAGGUAAAGAUGUUGAUGUUUCUGCCGCCGAGAUAUCAUCUGCUGUUUGAAAUGGAAGUUGGGGAAGGAUCCACAUUGGUGCAUAUAAGAACAGAUUAUUGGCCUUGCUUGGCUUAUGUUGAUGAUUAUUUAGAAGCUUUGUUUCUGCACUAGGAGAGACUUUUCACUAUUUUUUUUCAUAUUCUUUUUGCCCAUGCCACCACCUACAUAAAGCUACCCAAACGAACAAACACAAAAAAAAAUAAUAAUAAUAAGAAGUCUGAGGAUGUUGUUUUG